AAGUUCAUGAGAAUACUUUUGGGUUUGUGGAGCGCUGCCCACCGGUUAUAUCGGGCAGCAGGUUAAAUAAAUGUAUAGUAUGCACACGCAAGACUGAACUUGGUUACAUGUUCAUCUUCUCAUCAUAUAUUCAAUGUGUGGAGCCUUACUGAGCGCAACAAUCCAACAAUUCCAUCCUGCUUCAAUCCAGUAAAUAAGAGACCCUCAGUGGCCUCCCUUCAGCUGCCCAGAAGUCAGAAAACGUCAGUAAGGGACUGAAUACUAGAACUAAUGGAUGAAUUGUUGAAGAACCACUUGUUUGCAACCCAUGUGAUUGCGGCUGCAGGGUCAGUAACAUUAAGCACAGCGCUUACUUAUCCCCUUGAUACUACAAAAGUCCUUAUCCAGGUUGGUUCAAGUUCCAAUAAACCAUUAACUCUGUAUCAGGUUUUAAAUAGAGUUCGUUCAUUAUCUGGGAAUUCAGGCUUGUAUGGUGGCUUUGGGUGGUUGACCUCAGGGAGAAUACUUGGUAUGGGAGCUCGCUUUGGAAUCUAUGAAGUUUUGACAGCUUUUUAUAAAGAUGGCAGAGAAGACAAUUAUGUGUAUGUUUCUGAGGCCCUCUUGGCAGGAAUGGCAGCCGGUUCAAUGGAGUCGCUUGUACGCUCUCCAUUUGAAAUGAUUAAACUUCGUGCACAGGUUACAUCUGCAUCUCGGAUUCCAAGGUCUUCCUUUAAUGCAGAAAGUAAAGCUGUUUCACCUCUGAUUGAUAAAUUACUGCAUGGAUAUACUCCAGAAAAGAUGGCAUUGAACAAUUCUGUUGCUCUUUUGUCAACCCUAUCUGCUAAACACCCAAAUUUGGUUGGUGCCUUGCAAGAGUACCCAUGGAUGAUGACUGGGUCUGGGAAGGCACCAUCAGUCUGCAAUGUUCAGAAGCCAUCAAAUAUCAUUUCUUUGGAAGGAUGGGGUGCAUUGUGGAGAGGACUUCGGUCAGGAGUUGUUCGGGACUCUAUUUAUGGUGGGAUCUUUUUUUCUAGCUGGCAAUUCCUGCACCGAGCAAUGCUUGACUGGAAGGCAGUUGGGAUGGAUUCUUUACCCAGGUCUGAUGAAGAAAUUGGGCCACUCUCUCCUAUAUCUGUUAGUCUUGCAGCUGGAUUUUCUGGUUCUGUUGCUGCUGCUGCAUCUCAUUGUUUUGACACUGCUAAAAGUCGAUCACAGUGUACUGUGUUGCCCAAGCAUAUUUCCAUGGAGAGGAGACUAUUGAAAUGGAGACGACCUGGAAAUUGGUUUGAGAGAGUUACAGGGAUCCAUCCGGCAGACAGGAAUCUCUUGUUUCGUGGGAGCUGGUUGCGAAUGACUUCUUGUGGUUUAGCAUCUUGUAUGAUUGUUGGGGGCUAUUAUUUGGCCGUUGAUCAUCUUGUUUCUGAGUGACGGAAAGAUAAAAAGAGGAAAGAGAAAGGGGAAAACGGAAUAACAGUCUAUUUACUGAUUUGUCAUUUACAUCAUAUCUGUUAUACAAAGGGAUGUUUAGGAUUCCUUAAGAUUUGCUUAAACAGGAUCUGCAUUCACUGCAUAGUUUUGUGCAGUUGGAAACCUUGGAAAUGUGGCAAGUGAUGUGCUGGGAGGUGGCUGACCACUAGACCUAACAGAACUAAAAAUCAAAAUAGGCCUCUAAAUGUAGGUCUGGUUUUUCUAUUUUCACCUGUAAAUGUAAGUUAAUAUUUAUUAUCAUUAUUAUAGCAGAGUCAUUUAAGAGUCCUGUUUUUCAAUUACAAUUGGUGUGCAAAAUUUCAGCUUUUAAACUGCUUUCAUCUUCAAACCAAGGGAACUAUCAGUUGGGAGUUGCUGCCAUAAAGAGAAUUCGUUUUAACUGAGGGGUUCCACUUCUAAGCUAAUUUAUGCUCAGAAGUAUACCUGCUUUAUUUGUCAAUAGCCACAUACUGAGCUUUUCUUGGCUUCCACUUUCUGGCUAAUGGCUUUCUGCUGGGGUUUCCGUCGAAAUGGAGAAUGAUGACUCAGAGAUCAUUCAUGAUCAAAAGUCAAAGGGAAAGGCCAUUGAAGCUAUCAUGGCCAGUGUCUCCAUUGCCAAUACUUAAGUGGUUGUUUCAUUAUCAUUCCUUGUAACGGCCUGAUCAUUCUAAAGUGUUGCGCGUGUACAGUUCAUUAGAUUAUUGUAGAUAUAUUUUUCCAAGUCAUAAAGAUUCGGACAUUGAGGAUCUAUGGUACCAGUUCCGUUGAACCA